AUGGGUAAGACGCUCUGCGGGACGGUGCUGCUCUUAACUCAAGCGUUCAUUGGAGUAUAUGGAGACAUUAUACCACUGCAGCCGGUUGUAUCUGUGCAUGAAGGAGAUCUGAAAACAUCAUGCAUUCUAGGAGCAGAAAUCAGCAAACCCACGAGUCUAAAGAUGCCCAAGACCGAACUCGUUAAAUCGGAGGCAAAUGUGCCUCUGCAAUGUUCAAUCCAGAAUGAGUUAGUGAGCGAGCACCGUCUUUACUGGUUCAAACACGGAUCGGGAGAAUCUCCUCCGGGAUUCAUCUAUGUUCAGGGAAACACGAGCGAUGGAUGUGUGAGGAGCUCCGAAGCUGGGUGUCUUUCGCCGACCUGCGAGUACAGCCUCCCGGAGAAAACAUUCAGUCCCUCACAGACGGGGGUCUACUGUGCGCUGGCCUCAUGUGGAGAGGCUUUAUUUGGAAACGCUUCUAAACACAAUCCUGACAACGUCAACAUCCUGAACACACGCUUACUCUUUGCAAUUGUCCUUACGGUGCUCCUGAUAUCAAAUAUUACCAUCAAUAUUCUUCUGUGUUGCAUGAGGAUAAGUGAGUCUGUUAAUGCAACGCAAAGCAAAUAUAAGCAAAUCCGGAUUACUGAUGAUGACGUGACGAUAAUUGAGUAUGAAGAAAAGGAAGAGAAGUUUUGGCCUUCACCCAUCAUCGCCAAAUACUUAAAGAGUCAAAGAAAUACCAGUGUUAAGGAAAUAUGAAAUUAAGACCAUGGCAAAACAUUGUUGUAUAUUAGAUCAUAUCUAUCAUUA